GAAAAAAAUACGACAUUAAUUUAUUGACGUUUUUAGUAAACGUAGAAGAAAAUAAGUACCGAAAAUACAUGUGGUUUGAGUUCGCUGUUAUAUUGUGCUUCAUGCCGUCAACUGCCUGAUAAAAUGGAAGAAGUACAAAGCUGGUGGGAAGUGCCAUCAGUGGCUCAUUUCUGUUAUGUAUUCCGACACGCAUUUAACCUCUUCUACAUCGAAAUAGGUGAAUUGGAAGCGGCUAUCCUAAAUAUUCAAGAUCCAGAGAUGUGUAUUUCUUUGGAACAACUCAUGAUGCGCUUGUUACAAGGAUGUUAUGAUGCUGAAUCGGUCACAACUGAAAAUUGGGAAGAAAAGUUGAAAGAACUUUUUGAAGACAACUGUGAAGAUGAGGAAAAUCCUUUGAUGAAUAACUGCUCAUUUUACACUCUCACACCUAAAAAUAAAGUAGAGAUUUUGAUGAAGUUAUGUGAAUUUCGAUUAGAUGCUGAUGGAGCACUAGAAGACAUAAAGGACAUACCAUCUGAGGACAUGCAAGCAAAAUGCAUCGGUAAAGACGGCCAUAAUAACUCAUAUUGGUACUUCUGUGAUGAAAGGUUAUAUAAAGAAAAAAAUUCUGACAAAGUUGACAUGAAGAAAAAUACCUCUCUUGCAACCAGUAAGAAGUCUAAAAAAGAAAUAUCAAACUCUCGAAGACAAAAAGAAAAGAACCCGAGUAAUAAUAACAACAAUUUGUGGUCAAUUGCAUGUUACAGUAUCAGUGAUUGGGAAAAACUUGCUAAAAGCUUCUCCAAGAGCAAAAACUCUGAUGAAAAAGAAUUGUCAAAUAUUAUAAAAAGCAAAUACCUGAGUUUUCUACAAGAAGUUGUUUCUGAAAAGGAUGCCAUUCUUCGAAAGAGGUUUUUGGAAUUGGCUCCUAAGCGGUCGUCAUCAAGAAUAUCAAAAGUACAAGCCCAGAGAAAAAUGGAGGAGCAAAAAGCAUUUGAAGCAGCUGAAAAGGCAAGAAUUAAGUUUGCGGAAGAACAGGAAAGAAAAGAAGUUGAAAGAAAAAAAAUGGAGAAGUUAGAACGACAAAAAAGGGCUGAAGAAAGACGUAAAGCAGUUGAAGAACGUGCGCUCCGUGCACAGGCUCGAGAUCUUGUUCCUUAUCCUGAAAAGGACGAUUCCCAGAGCAAAAGAAUACCUGGACGAAAGAGAGGAAGACCAUCAAAGAAUAGUGGCUUGAAGAAGCAAAGAGGAGAAUAUUCAUCUAGUGAAGAAUCAAAAAGCGGUGAUGGAUCAGAUGAAGAAUCAGACCAAAAUGAAAGUGAUAUCAAAGAAAGUGACUCUGAUGAAAGUGAUUGUGAGAAUGAAUCUGAAACAGUGUGUAAUAGUAAACCAGUGCACAGUAACAAUUUACGUCAAAGUAGUGCGUCCAACUGCGUUCUUAUAAAUAAAAUAAAUGGCACUCAAUUUGCCAGACAGACAAUACAAAGUUCUUGCAAUUCAACUCCAUGGACUUCAACUGUUGAUUCUAGGGGUCGUAAAACUCUUAUUUUUAAAGAUUCAAACCAUUUGGUGGCCAAUACGUACAGUGCUCUGUUUGAUCUUACAAUCGAGGAAGUUGAUGUUGAUCGCAUUCUGAGGCGCUCCGAUUUGAGGUCACCUUGA